AUGGUUACUGGUGAAAUCCCAUCUCGUAUGGCUACCAUAACAAUCACGUUGGAUAAUACCUCAGUCUGCAUAAUCGCAGCAACCGUUACGUUGCAUCUCACCGAUCGGCUCGCACUCCUCUCAAUGAAGGAGUAUCAAGUCAGCUCAAGCAGUGUUUGGCUCGUCGCACAACCCCACGACCCUCGUGGGCAAGGUGUGGAAUUUACCUCUGCUGGUUCUAGCAUCUCUCCCCCUCCCCCCGGAAAAGUUGGGGGUUUUCUAAAAACCCUAGAUGCUGGCAUACGAUUUCCUUUGACAGAUUUCCAGGAGGAGGUUCUUCAGAAGGAUGGCUAUAGUCUUCAGAUGUUGACCCCUAAUGCUGUCAACAAAGUGGUUGCCUUCGAGAUGAUCUGUAGAGCCAAUGGGUAUGUUCCCGACUACUUUGUAUUCAAGUUCUUCUUCCGGUUUAGCCUUACCGGAGAUAAAUGUACUUUUUCAGCCCGGCUAGGGGGACAUGCCCUAGUUCCUGAUGGGCGCACCCGCAAGAAUUGGCAAGACAAGUGGUUGUGGGUGAAUCAGGAACUGGUUGGGAGUGGUCGUUACCGUGCCAAUGCUUUCUCCGAUACUAUCCCUAAGCUCUUCCCUCACAAUCAAGAAGUCACCGAUUACCUGAAAAAUAUGCAGGUAAUCGCUGAAGAUUACUCCGAAGCGCUUCUGUCUGGGGUAGGGAUGAGCCCCUCCUGGAGGCGGCAUGGCAAGAUGGCGGUGUUCUACUCCGUCAUUGAUGAGGGCACUCCUGAGGAUGCUGCAGGUCGUGAGAUGGUGCUUGUGAAUGACAUUGAUGUGGGAGGGAAUGAGAAAGAUCAUGGUGCUAGUGGUGAUGAUCGAGCAGGUGUUAGAGGUGAUGAUGUUGAUGACGUGGUGGAUGAUAGGGAAGUUUCUGGUGGGUUGGCUGGGAAAGUAGGUGAGGAUGAUGUUGUGGAGGGGGAUGUGAUUGGUGAUAAGGCUGUUGGUGAUGGUUCGGAGCCAUAA